UGAUUAUUCCACUUUUCAUUUUCGAUAUUUCUCCCUGCAUUAUCAAAACUAGUACAACAAAUGAGAUAACUAGGCUAUUUAACUAGUUGUAAAUUGCUGCUUUCAAUAAUGAUCAAGGCAAUUUUAGUGUUCAACAACCAUGGGAAGCCGAGAUUAUCUAAAUUCUAUCAAUACUUUAAUGAAGAUAUGCAGCAGCAGAUCAUAAAGGAGACAUUCCAGCUAGUGUCAAAGCGGGAUGAUAAUGUGUGUAAUUUCUUGGAGGGUGGAAGUCUCAUUGGAGGUUCAGACUACAAGCUGAUUUACAGGCACUAUGCGACACUGUACUUUGUGUUUUGUGUGGACAGCUCGGAGAGUGAACUGGGAAUUCUAGAUCUAAUACAGGUGUUUGUGGAGACUCUGGACAAGUGCUUCGAGAAUGUUUGCGAGCUGGACUUGAUAUUCCACGCUGAUGCGGCGCACCAGGUGCUGGAUGAGCUCGUGAUGGGCGGCAUGGUGCUGCAGACCAACAUGGCGGACAUUCUUUGUAGAUUGCAGGAACAGAACAAGAUGCAGAAGGCUGAAGCGGGUAUAUCCGCGGCGCCGGCGCGCGCCGUGUCGGCGGUGAAGAGCAUGAACCUGCCGCAGCAGCUGCGCGACAUGCGGCUGCCGGACCUGCCGCAGGCCAUCAAGGACCUGAAGUUCUGACCGCUGCAGCAGGCGUAUCCCGCCACGCCCGUCGCCCUAGCCACCAACAUCAUCAACACCAUCUGCCCCGACAAAUACCAGAACCUCCAACCGGAGAUAACCUCAAAAUUCUUCGGCAGCGAGACACUAUCCACCAAGUUCGCUGAGAGCUUCGCUGAGAAUUAUCAGCAGACUGAAGGAAUUAAUUUCCCAGAGUAUGAGACGCAGAAGAAUGAAGGUUAUCAGGAUUUGAGCGGGGCGGUGGAGUAUAGGAA